AUGGCUGCUGCUGGUUUUCUGCUGUCUGAAGAUCACUGUCUGUGUUCAAUCUGUCUGGAUGUGUUCACUGAUCCAGUCAGUACACCAUGUGGACACAACUUCUGCAAAAACUGCAUCAAUCAAAACUGGGAUAAAAAUGUCCCUUAUAAAUGUCCCAACUGUAAAGAAACUUUCAGUGUUAGACCCAACUUGAAAGUCAACACUUUCAUCUCUGAGAUUUCUGCUCAGUUCAGGCAGUCGGCUCAACAGAAGGGCAACAGCAGCUCCAAGCAACAAGGUGUAAAACCAGGGGAAAUUCCCUGUGACAUCUGCACUGAAACCAAACUGAAGGCUGUGAAGUCCUGCCUCUUUUGUCUGGCCUCGUACUGUAAAACUCACCUGGAGCCUCAUCUGACAGUUUCACGCCUCAGAAAACAUGAUUUGAUCAACCCUGUGGAGAACCUGGAAACCAGAAUGUGUACAAAGCACAAUAAACCGCUGGAGCUGUUCUGCAGGGAUGAUGAGAUAUGUGUCUGCACGCUCUGCACAUAUUCAGACCACGAGACACAUGAAGUGGUUCCUCUGAAAUAUGAAUGUAAGAGAAAAAAGGUCAAACUGGGGAAGACGGAGAGCACAAUUCAGCAGAUGAUCCAGAACAGACGACUGAAGAUUGAAGAGAUUAAACAUUUUGUGGAGCUGAGUAAUAAAGACGCAGACAGAGCAAUAGCACGUGAUGUUCAGGUCUUCAUCGCUUUGAAAGAAUCUGUUGUGAAAAGCAAGACUGACUUCAUUGAGAUGAUCACUAAAGAGCAGAAAAUGACAGAGAAAAAAGCCAACUUCUUCAUCAAAGUGCUGGAAAGGGAAAUCUCAGAGCUGAUGAAGAGAAGUACUGAGUUGCAGCAGCUCUCAGGUACAACAGACCAUCUCCACCUCAUCCAGAACUUCUCAUCCCUGAACUCUGCUCCAUCCACCAAAGACUGGACAGGGGUCAGACUCCAGCCACCCACAUAUGAGGGAACUGUGGUGAGAGCCUUGACUCAGCUGGAGGAGACACUUAAUAAGCAAAUGAAGAAAGUUUUUGAGGCCGAGCUGAGGAGGGUCCAACAAUAUGCAGCCAACGUCACACUCAAUCCUGCUUCUGCACAUCCUCAACUCCUCCUGUCUGAUGGUGGUAGACAAGUCAAACACGGUGAUGAGGAACGGAAACUCCCAGACAAUCCAAAAAGGUUUGAUUUUCUCUAUGUUGUAGGAAAGAACAGUUUCUCCUCAGGAAGAUUUUACUACGAGGCUCAAGUUAAAGACAAGGCUUGCUGGACUUUAGGUGUGGUGAGAAAGUCAGUUAACAGGAAGGGAGAGAUCUCACUGAAACCCCAAAAUGGUUUCUGGACGAUAUGCUUGAGGAACAAAGUUCAAUACUUUGCUUUCACCGAUCAUGAAGUUCGUCUCUUUCCAAAGUGCAGGCCUGAGAAAGUCGGUGUGUUUGUGGAUUAUGAGGAAGGUUUGGUCUCCUUUUACGAUGUCAAUUCUUCAGCUCUUAUCUACUCCUUUACCGGCUGCUCCUUCAAUGACAAACUCCACCUAUUUUGCAGUCCUGGUCAUAACCUGGGUGGCAUAAACUCAGCCCCGCUGAUCAUUUGUAGGUCUGACCAUCUUCGCUUACAGCCUCCACCACCCCCACCCUUGGGAAGACAUGUUAUAAAAUUCCAGCUUUAA